GGAUACUUCGCGCAUGCUCACUGAGAACAAAGAAGUCCGCCGGUCUGAUGGGGAGCAGAGUCUACUAACGCUCGGCAACCUUCGGCGGUUUCCGUAGGGGCCCGGCCGCCAUUUUCUUGCUCCCUCUCUCUGCUCUCUACCUGCGCGGCUCCCUGCCCUGGUCGCCAGCGCUUUGUCCUGUUCGGCGAUGGACGGCAUUGUCACUGAUGUUGCAGUUGGUGUGAAGAGAGGCUCUGACGAACUUCUUUCAGGCAGUGUACUCAAUAGCCCGAACUCUAACAUGAGCAGCAUAGUUGUUACUGCCAAUGGUAACGACAACAAGAAAUUCAAAGGUGAAGAUAAAAUGGAUGGGGCUCCUUCUCGUGUUCUUCAUAUCAGGAAAUUACCAGGGGAAGUGACAGAAACAGAAGUUAUUGCUUUAGGCUUACCUUUUGGUAAGGUAACCAACAUUCUCAUGCUGAAAGGAAAGAACCAGGCUUUUUUGGAAUUGGCAACAGAAGAAGCUGCAAUCACUAUGGUCAAUUAUUAUUCUGCUGUGACACCUCACCUUCGUAAUCAACCCAUUUAUAUCCAGUACUCAAACCAUAAAGAAUUAAAGACUGACAAUACACUGAAUCAGCGAGCUCAAGCUGUUCUACAGGCAGUGACUGCAGUACAAACAACAAAUACUUCCAUAAGUGGAACCACAGUUAGUGAGAGCGCAGUAACUCCAGCUCAGAGUCCUGUCCUUAGAAUAAUUAUUGACAACAUGUAUUAUCCUGUAACUCUUGAUGUUCUCCACCAAAUAUUCUCCAAAUUUGGUGCAGUUUUGAAAAUAAUCACAUUCACAAAAAAUAACCAAUUUCAAGCACUAUUACAGUAUGGUGAUCCAGUAAACGCCCAACAAGCAAAACUAGCAUUAGAUGGUCAGAAUAUUUAUAACGCCUGUUGUACCUUACGGAUUGAUUUUUCCAAAUUGGUCAACUUGAAUGUAAAGUAUAAUAAUGAUAAAAGUAGGGAUUAUACUCGCCCUGACCUUCCCUCUGGUGAUGGCCAACCAGCUUUGGACCCAGCUAUUGCUGCUGCCUUUGCAAAGGAGACCUCCCUUCUAGGGCUUCCUGUUGCAGCUGUUCCUGGAGCGCUGAGUCCAUUGGGUAUUCCAAAUGCUGCUGCUGCUGCAGCGGCAGCUGCUGCUGGCCGUGUGGGUAUGCCUGGAGUUUCGGCUGGUGGCAACACUGUCCUCCUGGUUAGCAAUUUAAAUGAAGAGAUGGUUACGCCCCAAAGUCUGUUUACCCUCUUCGGUGUUUAUGGGGAUGUGCAGCGUGUGAAGAUAUUGUACAAUAAGAAAGACAGUGCACUUAUACAGAUGGCUGAUGGAAACCAAUCGCAGCUCGCCAUGAGCCAUCUGAAUGGACAGAAAAUGUAUGGAAAGAUUAUUCGUGUUACUCUUUCCAAACACCAGACAGUUCAACUACCUCGAGAAGGUCUUGAUGACCAAGGACUGACAAAAGACUUUGGCAAUUCACCGCUUCAUCGUUUCAAGAAGCCUGGCUCAAAAAACUUUCAGAAUAUUUUUCCUCCAUCUGCAACUCUACAUUUAUCUAAUAUCCCACCAUCAGUAUCUGAAGAUGACCUACGCAUGCUGUUUGCUAAUACUGGGGGCACUGUGAAAGCAUUUAAAUUUUUUCAAAGAGAUCACAAGAUGGCUCUUCUUCAGAUGUCAACUGUAGAAGAAGCUAUCCAGGCUUUGAUUGAUCUGCAUAAUUACAAUCUUGGAGAAAAUCAUCAUCUGAGAGUUUCUUUUUCCAAAUCAACCAUUUGAAGUGAGAGAUCAAAAUAAUAAGGUUGUAUCACAUUGUUUAGUGUUGUCAUCUAUGACUGUUCGGAAAAGCGGGGACCAGAGAUGGACAUCUGUUUUUCAUGCUGUUACCAUUCCUUGAUUGUUUAUGUAUAAAUGAAAACAAAAAGGAUUUACAAGGAAGAAGCAGUGAUAUUAUCUGCUGGUUUUGCAUAUGUUUAUGAAAUGAUUUUGUUUAAAGGGGGUUCUGGGGAAAUCCCAUAGUUUUUCAACUUAGUUAACAUACGUGCCUUAAAAAAGGAAAACCUAGAGUUGCUAGAGUUGCAUUUACUAGUUAAAAAAUUUGGUUGUCUGGGGCACAUUGUUACAUGGGAAUUAAUGGGUGCAAUCCAGUGAACAUUAGGUUUGCCUACAUCCCAUUGAAAUCUAUUGAUUUUAAAACAUCGAUUUCAGAGGGACUUCGCUGCACCUAACUUUUGCAGGAUUAUGCCAAAUGUGUAUUAGGCAAGAGUGUGUAAAAAGGGUUAAGCUUUGUUUCUCCUGCUUGGAAUUUAUUAGCUUUCAUGAAUUUUUUUUUUAAUGGAAUAUGUUGCAUUACUUUAAGAAAGGUGCAGCACAUUUGACUUGUGCUCCUGCUCCCUCCCUCCCUCCCUACCUCCCUCCCUCCCUUUCAACUAAGUAAAAAUGGCCUUGUGUAUUCCAGAUUUAGGUUUGGUCAAGAAUAUAGGCUUUAGUCAGAGUUAACAAGAUGCAGAAAAUUAAUUUGCUUUCAAGGACAGGUGAUUAUUUUGUUUUGGGUUUGUUUGUUUGUCCCUAUGGCUUUGAGCCUUGUGGGGAAAACAUUGUUAAGUCUUAACCUUUUUGUACACACACUCUGGGGGCGUAUCAUAUAAAUGUUGGCACUAAGUAAUGUCUUGUUUGUGGCUGAAUAUUUUUUGUAGAUGUUUUUUGAAGUUGACAUGACUUAUGUGCAUUUAAAUAUAUAUUGCCAUUUUUAGUUAGUAAUUACAAUUUGAAAUAUGGUUGUGGAUUUCUGAGCAUGUGCAGACCGGUCUAGCUAGUUCAGGAGUUGGUGCAUGUAUUUCAAGGAUGAAGAAAGUGUAUUGCAAACUUUUGCAGAAAGAUUAUUAAUUUUGUGGCAGUUUUCUUUAUUAAAAAACAAAACAAAACUGACAACCAGGUGGGACCAAAGUUUAUGUGCCUUUAGUCUUAAUUUACCUUGCAUUGUAAUAUUCAGUUUUAAUAAAUCUCUUCAAAAUAUUUUGUAUCUAGAAAUGGAUCUGACUUUACUAUAAACAUGACUCAGAAUCUACAGGAAAUUAAUUUGAAAACAGUUCCUCUGUCAGUCUGGACUGUUGUCUUGAUUCUAUUCAAAUGACCAAUACUUUUUGCAAUUGAUGUACUUAGUUCCAAGAGUCAUAGAUUCUGUUAUCUAUGUAGAAAAAGGUCAUGUAUAUUUUCUAUUAGUUGAGUUUUUACAUCUUUAGAAAUGUAAUAUUUCAGUAUAGUUUGAAAGCGGCACAAUUAAAAAUUAAUUUUC